UGUAUUAUCGAUCGCGCGCGUGCCGCAGUUCCGCAUGCCGCGCGUUUGGCCAAUCGCGAGUGUAACAACACGGUAUAAAACAAGGCUGCCGAUUUCGAGGUAUGGCUCCAGAAGACCGCAAUAAAUAGAUUCAAUAUACAUAUAUCUUAAAUAUAUUUAUAUAUUUCAAGUUAUCUCGUUUAUAAUCGCUUGAUUUGAACAUUUUCUAUGGGACUAUAAUACUUCGCAAUUAUAUACGUGAUCAUUGAUUUAGUAUACGACAUCUGUGAUCAUGGAUAUUAAUUAGUCGGCCAAAGCUGACGAGACAGAUUAGAGUGUUUAUUAUUUUCCAUUUAUUUGCUAAUUUUUUUAAUAAUAAGAAAGAUAUCCUUGAUUCUCGCGUGGACGAAAGCAGUCGGCAUCUAUAACAUAAGAAAAGAAGAAUCUAACCUACAUGCCGGCCGGCCGGCUGAUCUCGCGGCUACAUCCGGUUUUUCGUAGUUCGAUACAAUUUCGCGCGCGUGUCGCACGUCAUCAGUGACGUAAUCGAGUUCUGCGGUUUUACGAGUGUUUCGAGAUCGACAUUUCGUGUCUUUACGUUGGUAUCGUGCUCGCGCACAACUUUUCGCAAUGCGCCGAACUGCGAAAUUUUGAUCUGGCGAUCGAGAAUGUGUUUUUUCGCGCCUGUUCGCUGCUCCUGCGUCAUCUCCUCAACGACUAACUGCGUUCUCUAUAAGAGGAAGCACGUGAAAGUGGGAGGAAUGAGGAGAUUCACCCGGUGACCUCGUGCCGCUCGCGGUAAUGCUACUGGCAAACGGUGCCUCUAUACCGACCAUCGCCGGUGCUGUCGAGGAGGAAGAGGAGUAUGCACGCAGCGAGGCGAAUAGUGCACAUUAUGAUGGAUACGUUACCGAUCACACCGAUCUGGCCUCGGAGAUCGAUAUUGACGAAUCCGAGUACAGGCGGGAAUUACUUAAUGAUAAAUGGCGAAUGCUCUUUGACAAGUUUGAUCCGGAGGGUUUUGGAGAGAUACCGUUGGAGGACUUUUUGACAGCAUUGAGCAGUUCUGAAUGGAAGGCAGAGAUACCGACGAACAAACGUGAUAUACUUCUGACCAGAGCGAAAGAAUCACGGGUUCAAGCAGUAACGUUCCAGGAUUUCGUCAAUGUGUUUGAAUUACUGUUGAUGAUAGUGCUAGAAACUAAGGCCGUAACAAUGAGCCCAUUCAUUCGUCGACAGGUGGAAACACAGAUAUCCUGGAUAUGGGUUUGUGGAACUUGAUUAUUCAAGAUAUUACGCAAGGAAUAUAAAAAGAUAUCUUGAAAUUUAACAAUAAAAAUGUUUUAUAAAUUUGCUUAUUUUAUUAGAGACGUGUAAUGUGCUAAUCUAUGUAAGUCUA